AUGACCUACUUUCCGGAGGAGGUGGUGGAGCACAUAUUCAGCUUCUUGCCCGCGCAAUGUGACCGGAACACCGUUUCACUUGUUUGCAAGGUAUGGUAUGAGAUUGAAAGGCUGAGCCGGCGAACUGUCUUUGUGGGUAACUGCUAUGCUGUGCGCCCUGAGCGCGUGGUGCUUCGGUUCCCCAAUGUGCGGGCACUGACAGUGAAGGGGAAACCACACUUCGCUGAUUUCAACCUUGUGCCACCUGAUUGGGGUGGGUACGCCGGACCAUGGAUCGAGGCAGCAGCCAGGGGCUGCGUGGGUCUUGAGGAGCUGCGGAUGAAGCGGAUGGUGGUGUCAGAUGAGAGCCUGGAGCUGCUUGCCAAAUCAUUCCCACGAUUCAGGGCCCUAGUUCUUAUCAGCUGUGAGGGGUUCAGCACCGAUGGACUAGCAGCUAUUGCAAGUCACUGCAAGUCUAGGCUCCUGAGGGAGUUAGAUUUGCAGGAAAAUGAGGUGGAUGAUCGAGGGCCAAGGUGGCUCUCCUGCUUCCCUGAUUCCUGCACGUCCCUUGUCUCCUUGAAUUUCGCCUGCAUCAAAGGGGAGGUUAAUGCUGGUUCAUUAGAGAGACUUGUUGCUAGGUCCCCAAGUCUUCGGAGUUUGAGGUUGAAUCGAUCUGUGUCAGUAGAUACACUCUCGAAGAUAUUAAUGCGCGCCCCUAAUUUGGAGGAUCUAGGGACUGGGAACUUGACAGAUGACUUCCAAGCUGAAUCGUAUCUCAGGCUGACCCUUGCAUUGGAGAAAUGCAAACUGCUGAGGAGUUUAUCGGGCUUUUGGGAUGCUUCGCCUUUGUGCCUUCCAUUCAUCUAUCCUGUAUGUGGGCAACUAACAGGUUUAAACUUGAGCUAUGCUCCGACACUUGAUUCUUCUGAUCUCACCAAAAUGAUCAGCCACUGUGUGAAACUCCAACGUCUUUGGGUACUGGAUUGCAUCGCGGAUAAGGGCUUGCAAGUGGUGGCCUCCAGUUGCAAGGAUCUACAAGAACUCAGGGUAUUCCCAUCAGACUUCUAUAUCGCCGGGUAUUCCCCAGUAACAGAGGAGGGACUUGUUGCAAUAUCCUUGGGCUGUCAAAAACUGAGCUCAUUGCUAUAUUUUUGUCAUCAAAUGACGAAUGCUGCACUGCUUACUAUAGCUAAGAACUGCCCAAAUUUCACGCGGUUCAGACUCUGUAUUCUUGAGCCUGGGAAGCCUGAUGCCAUGACAAACCAACCAUUAGAUGAAGGUUUUGGUGCUAUUGUUCGUGAAUGCAAAGGGCUAAGGCGAUUGUCAAUAUCGGGUCUUCUCACCGACAAGGUUUUCAUGUAUAUUGGUAAAUUCGCGAAACAACUUGAGAUGCUUUCAAUAGCAUUUGCUGGAGAUAGUGAUGCGGGAAUGAUGCAUGUUAUGGAAGGAUGCAAUAAUCUGAGGAAGCUGGAGAUUAGAGAUAGCCCAUUUGGUGAUGCUGCACUCCUGGAGAAUGUUACCAAGUAUGAGACAAUGCGAUCCCUUUGGAUGUCAUCAUGCAAUGUCACAGAAAAGGGGUGCCAAAUCCUUGCAUCAAAGAUGCCAAUGCUUAAUGUGGAGGUUAUAAAUGAGGUAGAUGAGAGCAAUGAAAUGGAUGAGAACCAUGGAAUCCCCAAAGUUGACAAGUUAUAUGUUUACCGCACAACUGCUGGGGCAAGGGAUGAUGCGCCAAAUUUUGUUAAAAUCCUAUAG